AUAUUUCACUAAAGCAUGACAUACUGUAUAGUCAUUAAUAUGACCGCUGAAUAACCACAGUGUGCUGUAGUUGUAAUAGUCCUGUGUGUAGCUGGUGUAGAGUCAGGCGCAGGACAGCAGAUAUGAGUAAUCAACAUACUUUACUCAAAAAUACAAAAAUGCACAGCAACAUAGCGAGCCCACAAAGGCAGACCGAAUGUACAAUGACAAUCACUCACAAACAAAACAUGGGGACCAGAGGGUUAAAUAAUAAACAAGUCAUUGGUUGAGUGAAGCCAGGUGUGAAAGACAAAGACAGAACAAAUGGAAAAUGAAAAGGGGAUCGGCGGUGGCUAAACGGCCGGUGAGGUCGACCGCCGAACGCUGCCCGAACAAGGAGAGGGACCGACUUCGGCGGAAGUCGUGACAGUAGUAGGUUACACUGUUCUGUAUAGUCAUUCAUAUGACCACUGAAUAACCAGUGUGUUGUAGUAUGUUACACUGUUCUGGCUGUAGAUUAGAAGGUCAAUAAGAUGCACUGACUGAAUGGAUCAGAAAGCAGAAGGGGAAUAAUGAAUUAAGUAGAUACUACAGGACUGCCCUCAUUAUAAAGGAACAUCCUGUUUAUAAAGGAACAUCCUCGUCUGUCCCUGCUGCCUGAUUAUAAAGGAACAUCCUCGUCUGUCCCUGCUGCCUGAUUAUAAAGGAACAUCCUCGUCUGUCCCUGCUGCCUGAUUAUAAAGGAACAUCCUCCUCUGUCCCUGCUGCCUGAUUAUAAAGGAACAUCCUCUGUCCCUGCUGCCUGAUUAUAAAGGAACAUCCUCAUCUGUCCCUGCUGCCUGAUUAUAAAGGAACAUCCUCGUCUGUCCCUGCUGCCUGAUUAUAAAGGAACAUCCUCGUCUGUCCCUGCUGCCUGAUUAUAAAGGAACAUCCUCUGUCCCUGCUGCCUGAUUAUAAAGGAACAUCCUCUGUCCCUGCUGCCUGAUUAUAAAGGAACAUCCUCCUCUGUCCCUGCUGCCUGAUUAUAAAGGAACAUCCUCUGUCCCUGCUGCCUGAUUAUAAAGGAACAUCCUCAUCUGUCCCUGCUGCCUGAUUAUAAAGGAACAUCCUCUGUCCCUGCUGCCUGAUUAUAAAGGAACAUCCUCUGUCCCUGCUGCCUGAUUAUAAAGGAACAUCCUCUGUCCCUGCUGCCUGAUUAUAAAGGAACAUCCUCUGUCCCUGCUGCCUGAUUAUAAAGGAACAUCCUCAUCUGUCCCUGCUGCCUGAUUAUAAAGGAACAUCCUCUGUCCCUGCUGCCUGAUUAUAAAGGAACAUCCUCCUCUGUCCCUGCUGCCUGAUUAUAAAGGAACAUCCUCUGUCCCUGCUGCCUGAUUAUAAAGGAACAUCCUCAUCUGUCCCUGCUGCCUGAUUAUAAAGGAACAUCCUCGUCUGUCCCUGCUGCCUGAUUAUAAAGGAACAUCCUCUGUCCCUGCUGCCUGAUUAUAAAGGAACAUCCUCUGUCCCUGCUUCCUGAUUAUAAAGGAACAUCCUCGUCUGUCCCUGCUGCCUGAUUAUAAAGGAACAUCCUUGUCUGUCCCUGCUGCCUGAUUAUAAAGGAACAUCCUCGUCUGUCCCUGCUGCCUGAUUAUAAAGGAACAUCCUCGUCUGUCCCUGCUGCCUGAUUCAAAGCACUCUGCCUCUUUAUCAGACAAUUAGGAUUAGCUGUAGUCAGUAGCAUCACGGAGGGUGAAUCCACACACGCACACACACACACACACACACAGUUACAUAACAGGCUUCUGGUGGUGCAUAUGUUAUCUGCUCCUCUUCCCCAAGAAGCUCUCACACACACACACACACACAGACACUCUACCCACACACUACACAUACAUACUACACUCUACAUCUGUGAUCUUCUCUUUUAGCUUACUUCUCAUUUUUAUAAUUUUAAAAAUGCAUGAGGUGUCUCUGGCAGGGGGUUGAUGCAUUAUUUGGGAUUUAGAAGUGUUAAUAACUAGGAAAGUGUUUUGGUUCUUUGAGAAGCUAGUAGUUGAGUGUGGUUGAACCAUACGGUUGUGUUGCUGUGUGGCUUUGCACUAUGGGACUCAUUUAUUAAGACUAGAUCACAGCUUAGGUGGGUUUAUUCUAAAGGUUUUAGGUGGGUCACUGACUGCACAAAACUGCCUCGGGACACACACACACAAACACAGCUGAUCACAGAGGAGCCACAUGUCAAGUCACGCUCUGAGAGAGGAGAUAUGAAGCCAGACAGGGAAAAAUACAGGAGGAGUAUGACUGGAAUGCACAUCAACAACAGACUGAGUUCCCCGCGGGGCCACCCUGUCCUGUAACCAAUGGCAACAUCGGUCCAAACCCUUCCUCUGACCCGCAACCCCAGCAAGACAUUCCGUGAUCCCAUCUCGACCCCUACCCGGUCCACAGCCCUAUUGGACCGGUUCAGUAUGGGUAGUGUAGGCAGCCUAGUGGAGCGCCCAGACGCGUCCCCAGCUAAAGGCAGCCGGGCCGUGCCCCAGGUGGGACCCAGGCAGACCAACAGGAUAUUAAAGAAAGGUUUCAACCAGAGAGAGUUGCUCAACUACCUCAACAUUACCAGGAAAGAGGCCAAAGCGGGUAGCGGCCCAGGCAGCAGUAGGAAGGACAUCUUCUCCAGCAUGCAGUCCAUGAAGAGAGAGCAUGGACAUGAGGAGGAACACAUCAAGAUCUACCACAAAGACAGAACUGAGGUGGGCGUGUCAAAGAACUCACUGCCCAUUAGAGGGAAAUAUGAGAAGUCUCUUCCCAGGCCGUCUGCCUUCAAGCUGGUCACACCCAAGAACUUCAGUUCCAUGCAGAACCUCUACCCUGCCAAGAUAGAGGACUCAGACCAGGGCCUGUCCAACGGGCUCCACCGGGCCUACGCACACACACCUAGAGCUGUCUCUACCUCCUCUUCCUCCUCCUCACCCUCCCGCCAUGGAGGACCCACCUCCAGCGGAGCCAAGGCGGUGGCGUCAGUGCGUGGUCUGAGUCAGGAGGAUGAGAACCUGUCAGACUCUGGUCAUAACUCCAUGAACAGUCUUCCUCCAUACAGACCUCCCUUCAGACCACAGCUGGCUCACAUCAGUGCCUCCAUGAGCCACAUCAACACCAUUGGCUCUCUGGACCGAGCAUCAAAGGUUGCGGGGUCGUCGGGGGUUGCUAUGACGGAGAUGGCCAUGUCGUGUCGUAGCAUGGCAACGCUCAGCCGUCUGGCGCCAUACGGAGGGGAGGCUCCGCCCCCUUACGAACUGUCGUUCUCCGUAGAGGAGGUGGUGCGUGAUCUGGAGGAGAGGCUGGUGGAGAAGGAACACGAGCUGAAACAGAUGAGGAGGAACCUGGAUGAGAGUGAAGGAGCCAUUGCACAGGUGUUUGAAGGUAAACAGCGUCUGUGGGAGAAGGAGUUGGAGGAGUUGAAGCAUCUGUACGCCGCCAAGCUGCGUCAGGUUUCCCAGCAUGCUCAGCAUUCCCAGCAUGCACUGCAGCUGCAGCUGCACAAGGCCCAGCAGGAGAAGAACAGACUGCAGGACGAACUGGAAGCUCUGGAAGGGGGGAGACAGAGAGAGGGUCAGGGCAGUCUGAAGGGAACCAGCCCUACUCUGGAGGAGACUCAGUGGCAGGUGUGUCAGAAGUCGGGUGAGAUCUCGUUGUUGAAGCAACAGCUGCGUGAUUCCCAGGCGGAGGUGACCAGCAAGCUGUCAGAGCUGUUCCAGCUGAAGACCCAGCUGAGAGAGACCAGAGGAGAGCUGCAGAGAAGUGAUGGACAGAUAGACAGGCUGCAGACUGCCCUACAGGGGGCGCAACUUCGACAACUGGAGAAAGGUGGAGCAGAGGAGAGUGGAACACUAGAGUCUCGAGGAUCAGGAGGGGCAUCAGGUCCUACAGAGGAGCGUCUGCGAGCAGAGCUGUUGUUAGAGCGUUGUCAGAGCGAGGCCCAGGCUACGGCCUUCGAGCAGGAGAGACAGACGUGGCAGACAGAGAAGGAGAAAGUCAUCUGCUACCAGAGAGAGCUGCAGGCCAGCUACCUGGACAUGUACCACCACAACCAACUACUGGAGAGAGAACUAUACCUGCUCAGAGGAGAAGGAGUCGGAGGAACACUGGAGAGAGAACUAUACCUGCUCAGAGGAAGAGGAGGAGGAGGAACACUGGAGAGGGAACUGCAAGAUGUGAGGGGAGGAGAAGGAGGAGGGCGAGAGAUGGGAGACUACAGUAACGAGUCACUGGAGAGGGAAGUGCAGGAGGUGAGGAGAGGAAGAGGAGGAGGAGAGAGAGAAAGAGGAGAGGAAGACAGCAAUAAUCCUCCUGGUCUUCCCUGGAUAGAGAGGAUAGAGUCGUCUGAGAUUUGACUGAGUGGACACUAGAUGGGGGGCCCAUUCCAAACCAAACACUCAACCCCUCUUCCUAUCUCCUUGAUGAAUACUCAGGCUUCUUACAGACUUUAAAGGACAGGAGGGCCCCAUUCCAAACCAAAUCCUCACCCCUUAUCUUUAUUUCCUUGUGGAGGGCCCAGUUCCAAUUCCAAAACAACACUGCACUCCUAUACCUGUGUGAACUAGACUGAAUAGUGUGCAUAUAUAAUCAGCAAUACAAUGAUACCCUCUCUGGUACUGUUUUUUGGAAGUUCCACUUCCUGUUUCAAUCCACCAAUAAAUUACAACUUCCUGUUUCAGUCCACCAAUCAAUGACAGCGUAUUAGAGUCGAGAACACUUUACAAUCCUUCAAGCACGACACUGACCAAACCUCACUUUAGAGGGCUGCUUGUAUGUACAAAGGAUAAUAAUAAUAAUAAUAAUAAACCUAUUUGUAAAUGUUACUUAUUCAAAUUUUGUUCUGUGUGUAUAUAAUCAAACCAGUGGUGUGUUUGAUAGUUCCGAUCCUCACAGCCCUUCUGUGGGCUUGAAGUUCAAACACUGACUGGGGGAAAGUAAGGGUAGGUAUGCGUCCCAAAUGGCACCCUAUACCCUGUAUAGUGCACUUAUUUUGACCAGGACCAAUGGGGCUCUUGUCAAAAGUAGUGCACUACAUAGGAAAUAGGGAGCCGUUUCAGAUGCAACCUAGAACGUUGUCCAAAGGAUCUAAAGGGAUUUGGGUUUUGUCCCGGUGAGGUACGGUCAUUGUCACUGGAUAAUAAGUCUGUAGUGUGUAGAGUAGGCCUAAUGUAAAUGACAUUAAAAGUUCUCUGCAUUCAAGGAGCGUCCAGGGAGCUGGGCUCAGAGGAGAAACAUAACAUCCCUAGACCAUCAGAGGCCAACACAUGGAUGCUUCAUUCAAGGAGCGUCCAGAGAGCUGGGCUCAGAGGAGAAACAUAACAUCCCUAGACCAUCAGAGGCCAACACAUGGAUGCUGUUGCUCUGCCAUUAACAAGAAGGGGAAUUUUAGUCUUGCUUUUGUUGUUGGAAAAUGACCCUUUAAGAAACCUGUAAUACUGUAACAAUACUGUAUUCAGGACAUUUAAUGGAAUUUAUAUUUAUUGUCAUGUGAUUCUAUUUUCUGUCCCCAAAUCACUAUAUUGUGAUCUGUAUAUAGUUGUUAGCUAGAUAUACUUUUGCUGCAGAAGCAUGUACUCUUUUGAGGAAAUAGCCUGAAUAGCCUGAUAUUACAGCGCUGGCCGUUAUUCUGAAUCCCAUUGGACUAAUUACUGAUCAUCUAUUGUUGCUGUCGGAGAAAAAAACUCAUCUCCUAAACGGAUACUCUUCAGCAAAUGGAAGAAAAUUGCCAUAUUUUCCCAUUAACAAACAUACAAUUACAUAACUUUUCUCAAGUUAUUUUGAAUACAUUUUAUUGGUCCUAGAUUCAUUAAAUAUUCAGAGUUCAUUGACGGGAGUUACUGCUUUCAAUACAUGUAAAAAUAUAUAGAUAUAUAUAUGGCAAAAAUAGUUUUUCAUCCGACAGCAACAUUUUGUUUAGGGAAAAAUAAAUACUGUGACUUGUGUUAAACCACUGGAGUUAAAUAAAUAUAUAUAUAAAUAUAUAUAUAUAUAUGUUGGUUCUGAAUUUCUAUAAUAAACAUUUAUCAAGUGGUGGGAGAGUUUCUUUGAGGGCUAUUUCUUUUACGUUAGCAGUUGCCUAAGUAAUAAAAACAAAAUCACAACCUGUAUCUACACCUUGUAGUAAUUCACUGGUAGGGUUUCCUACACUAUACUAUAAUGUACUAUGCUAUACUACACUGAACCUGGUAACAUACAUAAACCCUAGAGUCUUGUACUACACAGUAAAAAUAAAAGUGUUCAUUUAACUCCUAAGAGUGAAUUCAA